UUAGACAACGAGAAGUUUACAUAGGAAGACACAAUGCUGUCUCUAGCUGUGCUGGCCGUGUUUCUGAGCGCAGUCCUCUCAGCCCCCAUUAUGGACCCACAGCUGGAUGGGCACUGGAAUCUGUGGAAGAGCUGGCACACUAAAAAAUACCACGACAAAGAGGAGCUCUGGAGGAGAAUGAUAUGGGAGAAGAACCUGAGGAAGAUCGAGCUGCACAACCUGGAGCACUCCAUGGGCAAACACUCCUACCGCCUGGGCAUGAACCACUUCGGGGACAUGACUAAUGAGGAAUUCAGGCAGAUCAUGAACGGCUACCAGCAAAAGACAAAGAGGAACACCACAGGGUCCCUCUUCAUGGAGCCCAACUUCCUGCAGGUCCCAAGUGCUUUGGACUGGAGGGACAAGGGCUACGUUACCCCUGUGAAGGACCAGCAUCAGUGUGGCUCUUGCUGGGCUUUCGGCACCACCGGGUCUCUGGAGGGUCAGAUGUUCAGGAAGACCGGCAAACUGGUGUCGCUGAGCGAGCAGAACCUGAUGGACUGUUCCAGACCUCAAGGCAAUGGGGGCUGCAACGGCGGUCUGACGGACCAGGCCUUCACAUAUGUCAAGGAAAAUAAGGGCCUGGACUCUGAGGAGUCGUAUCCAUAUCUGGGAAUGGAUCAGCAGCAGUGUCUUUACAAUCCCAUGUACAACUCUGCCUGCGUCACUGGCUUUGUCGACAUCCCCAGCGGUGAUGAGGCUGCUCUGAUGAAGGCCGUGACCGCUGUGGGACCUGUGUCUGUAGCCGAUGCCGGGCAAGCGUCUUUCCAGUUUUACCAAUCAGGAAUCUACUAUGACCCAAGUUGCAGCAGCAGGGUGCUGAAUCAUGGCGUAUUGGUGGUGGGCUAUGUCAACGCUAAAACAAAGAGUUACUGGGUUGUCAAAAACAGCUGGGGUACAGGUUGGGGAAUUGGCGGCUACAUGUGGUUGGCCAAGGACCAAGGUAACCUCUGUGGAAUAGCUUCACUGGCCAGUUACCCUAAGGUCUAACAUCUGCAUCAUAAUGUUUUAAUCUCAAUAGCUUGGCUGGAGAUUCUCCUGUGUUUUAUGAGACAAACACUGAAUUUUGGGAAAUGGGGCCAUUUCUGAUUCUGAUUUUGUUU